AUGGCUACUCUUGUGGCCUCCCCCUCGCUGCGCUCGCAGUCGUUCGCCAACCUGGACGAAGUACUGUACCGCCACCUUCAAUGGACGCUAGCCAUCGACUUUGAGCGUCAGCAGCUCGAGGGAUUCGCCGAGUACACGUUCGCCUACACGGGCACAGCCAAUGACCAACACUCUGUCGGUCUGCAGUGGCUCUCCCCGCUCUUGACAGCAGGCAAAGAGCACCCGUUCCUGUUCACUCAGUGCCAAGCUAACCACGCGCGCAGUGUAGUGCCGUGUCCCGACACACCGGCAGCCAAGUUCACAUAUUCUACAACUGUUACAGUGCCUCACUGGUGUACAGUACUAAUGAGUGCAAUUGCGCAUGGCCACAUCAAGAAUGAUGAUCACCAACCGACCAAAAAGUGGAGUUUCCGACAAAAUGUACCCAUUCCCUCAUAUUUGCUGGCAAUUGCAGCUGGCCACAUGGAAAGUGUCGAGUUAAGCCCGAGAAAGAAAGUGUGGGCUGAACCGCGAGUUGUCACUCGAGCAGCGCAUGAAUACGACCUCGUGUGUCUGCCCCCGUCGUUCCCUUAUGGAGGGAUGGAGAACCCGUGUUUAACCUUUGUGACCCCCACGCUACUUGCUGGCGAUCGCUCGUACGCUGAUGUGGUGGCACAUGAAAUUGCCCACUCGUGGACUGGGAACCUGGUGACGAACGCGACGUGGAGCGAUUUCUGGCUCAACGAAGGCUGGACAGUGUGGCUUGAACGCAAAAUUGUAGCCAAAAUCCACAAUGACCCUAAAACAUACGAUCUCAAGGCUGCUCUGGGCAUGCGCGGCCUUGUUGAAGCCAUUCAGUCGUUCGGAGCUUCCCAUCCUUACACCGCCCUCGUCCCUGAUACGGAAGGCGUGGACCCAGACGACGUGUUCUCUCGUGUGCCGUAUGAAAAGGAAUUCAACUUUCUGCACUAUCUGUCGACAGUUGUGGGGGCUGAGGAGUUCGACUUGUUCGCCCAAGCUUAUAUCCAGAAAUUCAAGUUCCAGACUCUCACGUCUCGAGAUUUCCGUGUCUUCUUUGAGAAUCACUUUGCCGCCUUCCCGGACGGGCUCCGUCAGAUUGACUGGGAUGGCUGGUUCUUCUCAACGGGCUCGCCAUUGAUUGAGAACAAGUUCGACACGUCAGUGAUCAGUCAGGUUCGAGCGCUUGGAGACAAGAUGAUGGCUACAUCAGAUAACGACAAGUGGGCGAAGACCAUGACGCCGAGUGCGCUGCGUAAAUGGCCAGCCUCGCUGUGGAUUCUGCUUCUGGAUACGUUGCUACUGCUACAGACUGGAAGUCAAACCAAGCUCUCUGCUGCGCAUCUGGACGCUAUUGACGCGUUCGCCCACCGUCAUCUGAGCACAACACAUAACUCGGAGCUGCGUUUCCGUUGGUUCACGCUGUCUCUGCGCUCCUGUGACCUUCGAGUCCUUGACCGGACUGUUGAGUUCCUCAAGGAGCAGGGACGGAUGAAGUUUGUCCGACCGCUCUUCAGAGACCUGUGUGUGGCGCUAGGCGUUGUCCAGGGCGCCGCUAUUUUCGAGGACUGCAAGGCGCUCUACCACCCGAUUGCAGCCAAGAUGAUCCAGCGAGAUAUUGACAACAUGCAGACGGCCAAGAAACGGCGAAGCUCGGAGCUCUCGAACGAUUUUAACGGCAUUUUUGCACAUUGGCUAGGUCUGCCACAACAGUUCUCGAGCUACUCGCCGUUCCUGGCAGUACUGCUUGGGGGUCUCACUGUAGCGACGGCGGUGGUGUUGUUAAAGAGACGCUAA